GAAGUUGUAAAAGAAGCAGUAGCAGUAGCAGUAGCAGUUGCAGAGAGUCCUGUGAGUCCGAUGGCGCCAAAUGUGAUUACCCACCUGUAUUACCUGGCGCGGGAUCUGUACGACCAGCACAAGGACCCGCGCGUCGCCCAUCUGCCGCUGACGAGCAACUGGGUCAGCGUGCUGCUGAUCAUCGCCGCAUACCUGGCAUUCGUGCUGCACUUCGGCCCCAAGUGGAUGGCCAAGCGGGAGCCCUUCGAGCUGAAGUUCGUGAUGCAGCUCUACAACGUCGUCCAGGUGGUGGCCAACUCGCUGCUGUUCGUCUACGGCCUCUACUACUCGGUGCUGCAGCCCGGCUACAGCAUGAGCUGCCAGCCCGUGGAGCACCACAACACGACGCCGCAGAUGAUGAGACUGAUCUACGCAUCCUAUGGCUACUACCUGCUCAAGUACCUCGAUCUCUUCGACACGGUGUUCAUAGUGCUGCGCAAGAAGAACUCGCAGGUGAGCUUCCUGCACGUCUACCACCACGCCGGCAUGGUCUUCGGCGUGUCCGUGUUCAUGACCUUCCUGGCCGGCUCGCACUGCACCAUUCUGGGCGUGAUCAACCUCCUGGUGCACUCCGUGAUGUACGCCUACUACUUCGCCAGCUCGCUGGGCGCCGUGAAGCACCUGCUCUGGUGGAAGCGUCACAUUACCCAGCUGCAGCUGCUGCAGUUCGGCUACCUGACGCUCCACUUCCUGCUCGUCAUCGUGCGCAAUCCCUGCCAGUUCCCAGUCAUGAUCGCCUUCGUCGGCUUCAUACAGAACAUCUUCAUGUUCUCCAUGUUCUUCGACUUCUAUUACAAGACCUACAUACGCAAGUCCAAGCCGGCCGCUGUGACGGAGACUGAGAUUGAGACUGAGACAGCAGAGGCCAAGGCGAAACUCAGUUGAGCUCGACGGCAACAAAGUUAAAUUCUAAGUUUUAAGUUCUCUAUGCCUAUGCAUCUAUAUUCAAAUAUGCACCGAUAUAUACGCACACACAUAUACAUACGUAGUCGGCCUAAGCUCACCCGAUAUGAAUAAACAUCG